UUCGAAUGCGAACAUGAGCAUAGACGCUAUUAAAUUACAUGGAAGAGCAGAUAUGUCCUACAAACUCGGAAUGGGCGUGACAAAAGGGGUGUACAAGGCAGAGCGCAUCAUGAAUACUUCGUCAUCCAACCCAGCCAAGUGGGGUCCAGCUGUCAUAGGUCUUUACAGAUAUAUAAGGGUACGGGCAAACCCACAGAAUGACGAGCUCGCAGUAUGCGAGCUAAAGGUCAACGGAUACCCAAGGACACCUCACUACCGGGUUAUCACAGGUAUCGCCAUGUCGAAUUCUCCUGUCAGAACAGCUUCAAAUGUUGUGAGCGUCAUCGAAUGCGCGUCAAUCUGUCUGCAACAAACGGACCCUGUGUGUAUGGCCACACAGUACAACCAGGUGACGAAGAGCUGCGCGCUAUUUGGCGACUUAGAACACACCAAGGACUCCAGUAAUUUAAGCAGAACUGUUGUGUUCAAAUUUGCCGCGCAUGCCUUUGCAAACAUGAACUGAUUUGAACGCCUGUCCUCAAAUGUGUGGAAUUGAAAGGUCUGUUCACCUAGUAACAUAACUAUUGCGAGACAUGUUUGACGACAAAUAAGAUUUAAAAAAAAAUUACUGUUAAGAAUCCAGAAAUAUAAAAAUAACAUAUACAAAAGCGUCUCAUUAAAUAUAAGUCAUCGCAUGUUCUGAAUUCAAUGGCAAUCGAACAUAACAAUGCUUCAAUAUAAAGUAUACGAAAAUGAUUUUUUGUGAAUGACACUGUUACCGAUUUUACAUCUAUGUAACUUGCAAUGACAUAGCUAUAUCAAUGACGCAUGUUGAAAAUUAAUACAAGGUUUCGUUGCUGACGUUAAACAGAGAAAUAAUUUCUCGUUAUUGCUCUGAAAGCAACACUCUUUCUAUGUCUCCCAAUUUAUACUGGGGGACAUAUUGUUUUUGCCCUGUCUGUUGGUUUGUUGGUUUGUCUGCGUCAAACUUUAACAUUGGACAUAACUUUUGCAAAAUUGAAGAUAGCAACUUGAAAUUUGGCAUGCAAGUGUAUCUCAUGGAGCUGCACAUUUUGAGUGGUGAAAGGUCAAAUAUAUGGGGGGCAUAGUGUUUCACAAACACAUCUUGUUUAUUUUAUGCAUUUAAUUAUUCUUUUUAUUAUUAGUAUCUUUUUAGACGUGUUGUGUCAGUAGUAUUUUCUUAUUAAUAUGUGUAAUGCAGUUGUUGUGUUACAAAUUCAACAUUCCAGCGCCAUUUUGUAUUUCAAUUAAUAUUUUCCGUGCAUCUAAAACGUAACUUGAUUGGCCAGCUUCUAGUAGCCCUGCUAAUAGGAAUAGCGAGUAUGACCCUCAUAAUUAGAGUCGUCUGGACCGGAGCAGAAACAAAGUUUAAAAUGACAAAUAUUAACAGCAGCAUCACGGUAACACACAAUAAACACGCAUACUUGUUUUCGUAAAAAAAAAGACGGACACAUGAAGUUAUGCUCCUUAAAAUGCUAAACUGUCAAAGAUGCACGAUGGAAUGUAUUUUCUGUUGUCUUCUCUUUUAAUUUCGGAAUGUUAUUGUUAUUGAUACGGAAAUGUGCCCGAAAAAAAGAACUCUUUGCAGAUAAUUGCUUUAAUAAUAAUUUGGAUAAGUAUUUGACCUUUUAACCAAGAUGACCGACUCGACUUAAUUAUUUCCCUAAAAAAACUGGCUAUGUUAUAAUCUAAGUAAAAAACCCGAUAAGACACACUCGUUUGCUAAUAAGUUAGCAGAUAUGUUAACACGAAAUAAGAUAUGUCAUUUUAAAGUGAUAUUAUGGGCAUGUUUCACUAUUGCAUUGAGCUGUAAAGAACUAACAGGUCAAAAGAGUUCGUUAAAAUGUGGUAACUGACCAAUUAUCUGCAACUCAUCUUGCUACCAGGUGUUUAUUAAAAAUAUAUUUCAUAUUCGAUAUUUUACAUGACUCACCCAGUCCUCUAUGCCGAAAUGAUCCGUAAAACAAAAUUGUGUCUUUGUGUCGUAUGAACAAAUCUGCACUUAAACUAAAUUUAGGUUCACAUUGUACACCGUGAUCAGUUGUCAAACGAAAGUACGGUUGAUAUUCAAAUGCAUUGUUUUUUUUGUUUUUCUUUUUCCGGGAUAUUGUUUUCGUAUGUUGAUGCUGCAUUAACAAAUAUACGUGUAUAUGAAGUGAAAACACCAAAAAUGAACAACAGUUGCGAUAGACACCUAUAAACUGUUAGAUGCCCAUAAUAUCACUUUAAAAAUUUAUAUAUUGCAUAAAUUCCCUUUUUUAUAUUUAUAUUGUUUUAUUUAAAAAUGUAUGGUGAUGUGUUUUUAUUUAAUUUUAAUAAAUGUUGUCCUUUACAUUGCAAUUUGAUUAACUAUUUUAAAUAUUGCCCUGUUCAUUUAUAUAUCAGAUCUAUAUUAAAUAGCACUGAUAGUAAUCAUAUCAAUAUAACAGAGGUCUGAGCAUACCAAGUGUUAUUUCAUGUCUUAAACACAAUAACAUCGUUGAAUGUUCAGCAGUAUAAAUAUGUAAAUGUUUAAAGGUUUGAUGCGUAAAUCAGUACAUGCAAAAAAAAAAGUUAAACAUUUUUGUAAUUCGAAUAAAUUGUAUUAGGCACAUUGUUGAUUCAGAUGCUUUGUUCGUAGACCAAAAUUGUGACGGCAUUACAGUUUGUGAUUAAAAGCUCUUAAUUAAAUAAAUGCUGCAUAUUAUAUUGUUUAUUACGGCUUUGCCAUGGCUUCACACGUAUUUGUAUCUUUCUGAAAACAAUGUUUCAUUACUCCUUGUUUUACAUAGUAUACCUAUUUCAAAUAUGACAAUGGCUUGAAAAGCAAUCUCGUUGAAGGAAAUUUAUGUUGAUUAUAGAAUAUUUGAAUGUUGAAGUGUAAGGAAAAGUAAAUUAUUUACAAAUGUUAUUCGUUCAUAUGCAAAACAACGUUUAUAGUUUAAAGGGAAACUACACAUUAAUACGACUUAAUCUGACCGUAGAGAUGAGAUUAGAUUGAUCCGAAAGAACCAUAACGGAUUGUUACAUGUCUUGAUUAAAAUACUUCUGAUUUAAAUUAUGUGUCUAAUUUUCCGACAUAAUGUAGUACAUUUGAUAAUGCAAAAAACGAGUAAGAUAUAUUGUUAUAUCAAACCCGAUGUAGCACAUACGUUUGCCUACCAGUUAGAAAUUUGUGUUGAUGUGUUUGAUGCGUUUUAUUCAAUUUUUAAUAAAUGUUGUGCUUUACCAUGUAUUUUAAUAAACUGUUGUUCAGUUUUUUUAUAUACCAGAUCUAAUUUUACGACAUAAUGUUAUACAUUUGAUAACGCAAAAAACAACAACACUAAAAUAAAUUGUUAUUUCAAACCCGACUUAGCACAUACGUUUGUCGAUCAGUUAGCCGAUAAGUUUAUACCCCAAAAGAUACAAAUUCCCUUUUUUAUAAAUCUAUAAUGUUAUUUAAACGCUUUAGAAAUGUGUGUUGAUGUGUUUGAUGUGUUUUAUUUAAUUUUUAAUAAAUGUUGUGCUUUACAAUGUAUUUUGAUAAACUGUUGUUCAGGUUUUUAUAUACCAUAUCUAAUUUUUUGACAUAAUGUAAUACAUUUGAUAAUGGAAAAAAACAUCAACUAAAAUAUAUUGUAAUUUCAAACCCGACUUAGCACAUACGUUUGCCGAUCAGUUUGCAGAUAAGUUUAUUCCCAAAACGAUACAAAUUCUCUUUUUUAUAAAUCCAGAAUGUUAUGUUUUACAAUUUAGAAAUGUGUUGUUGAUGUGUUUGAUGUGUUUUAUUCAAUUUUUAACAAAUGAUGUGCUUUACAAUGUAUUUUGAUAAACUGUUGUUCAUUUUUGAUAUACCAGAUCUAAUUUUUCGACAUAUGGAAUACAUUUGAUAAUGCAAAAGAAACAACUAAAAUAUAUUGUUAGUUCAAACCCGACUUAGCACAUACGUUUGUCGAUCAGUUAGCCGAUAAGAUUAUACCCAAAAAGAUACAAAUUCCCUUUUUUAUAAAUCCAAAAUGUUAUUUUUACAAUUUAAAAAUGUGCGUUGAUGUGUUUGAUGUGUUUUAUUCAAUUUUUAAUAAAUGUUGUGCUUAACGAUGUAUUUAAUAAACUGUUGUUCAGUUUUUUAUAUACCAGAUCUAAUUUUUCGACAAAAUUAAAUACAUUUUUUAAUGCAAAAAAACGACUAAAAUAUAUUGUUAUUUCAAACUCGACGUUGCACAAACGUUUGCCGAUCAGUUAGCCGAGAAGAUUUUACCCAAAAAGAUACUAAUUCCCUUUUUUAUAAAUCCAGAAUGUUAUUUUUUUAAAUUUAGAAAUGUGUAUUGAUGUGUUUGACGUGUUUUAUUCAAUUUUUAAUAAAUGUUAUACUUUACCAUGUAUUUUUAAUAAACUGUUGUUCAGAUUUUUAAUAUACCAGAUCUUAUUUUUCGACAUAAUUGAAUACAUUUUUUAAUGCAAAAAACGACUAAAAUAUAUUGCUAUUUCAAACUCGACGUUGCACAAACGUUUGCCGAUCAGUUAGCCGAUAAGAUUAUACCCAAAAAGAUACGAAUUCCCUUUUUUAUCAAUCCAGAAUGUUAUUUUUAAAAAAUUUAGAAAUGUGUAUUGAUGUGUUUGACGUGUUUUAUUCAAUUUUUUAAUAAAUGUUAUGCUUUACCAUGUACUUUAAUAAACUGUUGUUCAGGUUUUUUAUAUACCAGAUCUAAUUUUUCGACAUAAUUUAAUACAGUUUAUAAUGCAAAAAACGACUAAAAUAUAUUGUUAUUUCAAACUCGACGUGGCACAUUCGUUUGCCGAUCAGUUAGCAGAUAAGUUUAUACCCAAAAAGAUACAAAUUCUCUUUUUUAAUAUAUCCAGAAUGUUAUUUUUUACAAUUUAGAAAUGUGUGUUGAUGUGUUUGAUGUGUUUUAUUCAAUUUUUUCAAUAAAUGUUGUGCUUUACCAUGUAUUUUGAUAAAGUGUUGAAGUAUUGAAUGGAUUUUAAAUACAAUCUCAGUGUUUUAUAAUUAUUGAAAAGAUUUGAAAUACAAACUCAGACUUUGCUUUCAGCCCACGUGGCAAGUACGUGACCCAUUUUCGGCAAAUUCAAAUGUAACAAUAAAAUAUCAAAUGUGUUUCGUAAGCGUCAGCUAUAAUAUUUGUGGUGAACGCACGUACAAUAUGAUUUAAACAAAUCACGAUAAGAGUCAAAGAGUCAACGAUUUAUGUUGGAAUAUUGAUCAUAUUUAGCUAUAGCGUAAUGUUUUAUGAAACUUAAGUGUAAAUCUGUGUGAACAUAUGUGCGCUUUUGCUUAUUAUUGAAAUAAAAGUUUUCAUUUUU